AUGAAGUUUCAAAACCAAUCUUUAAUAUGUGCCGUAACAACAGCGUUGUUACUAUUAUCAACCACCACACCAGAAGUAACUGCCCAAAAAUCAUGGUGCGGUAAACCAUAUGUCCCAAAAAAACAAGCUCGAGACCUUAUCCCCGAAAGAUCACCAUACCCUCAACAUCCAUUUUUCAAUGUUAAACGAGCGUCAAAUGCCACUGAUGUUUCUGGAAGUUCUGGAACAAUUAUUUUGCCCCCGCAAAAAGAUCCAAUUCCUUCUGUUCCAGACUUGGCAAAAGGGUAUGCAGCGAUGGCUAGAUACCAACCGUAUCUUGAUUCUGAUUCGAAGGGUUCAAUUGUGGUUAAUGUGGUAAAUCCGAAUGGACCGAUUUCUGUACAAAUUGCAAAUGAAGAUGGAAGUGAAUUGUUUCCAAAGACUUCUAUUAAUAUUAAAGACAUGGCUGUGGAAGUGCCAUUCUCUAUUAGUAACUUGAAACCGAAAUUGACUGCUUAUAAUUUGAAAGUGUCAAUUUUUUCAGGAACUGGAAAUUCUCCAGCUUCACAAAUUACUGUCAAAUUGUAUCGUCUUCCUUCUGGUCCAAAAACUGUCAAACUUGAUCGUCUUUACGGUGGAAUAAUUACCGCUACAGGCGAUACCAUCUUCCCAACUGGUCCAUAUGUUGACUUUGGUUGGUUAGGUGGCGGUGCCGGCGUUGCCGCCAAUCUAAAAACCCUCAAAGAUCUCGGAUACAAUGUCAUCAACCCCGAUCCCACCUAUACCGAUCUUUCCGUAGUUGAUCAAAUGUUCCAAGCAGCCGAUAAACUUGGCGGAAUUUAUAUUCAACUCUCAUUCCGUUAUUCAUUCACUGAUACUCAAAAAGUCGUGUCUCAAGUAAAUCAAUUCAAGAAAUAUAACAGUUUGCUUACUUGGUAUACUGCCGAUGAGCCCGAUGGUGAACAAUGGACUGAUAGUUCGGCUGAAUUGACUGCUUAUAAUGCUAUUAAAACCGCUGACCCAUACCAUCCAGUUGCGCUCGUGCUUAAUUGUGAACACACUGCAGCAUUCUAUGCUGAUACCACCGAUAUUUUAUCAACUGAUGUUUAUCCGAUCGGUGUUGAUGUGUCACAUUGUACUGAAACCAAUGAUGUAUGCGGUUGUGACAAUUGUCUUGGCAGUGCAACUCUUGAUAUCCCAAAACGUACAGGUGUAUUCAUGAAAGAUUUAACUCUUAUUGGUCGUCAAGCAAUGAAUCAAUGGAUGGUACUACAAGCUUUCUCUGAUCCUCCAACAUGGUGGUCAAAAAUGCCAACCGAACAAGAAUACCGAGUAAUGUCUUACAUUUCUAUAAUCUAUGGCUACAAGUCAAUUAUGUACUGGAAAUAUCCAUUCACCCCCAACGAUUCGUUAAAAGCCCAAAUUACCAAAUUAGCAAGCGAAACAACUGCUCUCAUCCCAUACAUUCUUCAAUCACAACAACUUCCCUCUUCGCACCUGACAAACGACAACAAAAAUAUUUACUCUGGCGCAUGGCUCUCCACAGACGGGAAAAGCCUCUUGCUGCUUGUAGUGAAUGGCGAUGCCAAGAAUAAAGUCAGCUUCAAGGUCGCAGUCAAAGAUUUGCAAAGUUCUGGCUCGAUGCAAGGCAAUGGCACUACCGAUUCCGGCGGUAAAUCAACUGUCACCAUGCAAAAUGGUGCCGUAUCUGGUAAUUUGAAUGCAUAUGAAGUUGGUGUCUAUACUUUUGGUAAUCUACCUGCAAAGAUUACCUCUAGUUUGAAUGGAGGAUCGGGAUCGGGAUCUGAUGACGGAAGCAACUCAUCAACGGAUCCGAGUGCUUCUGCUAGUGAGGCAAAAACACCUUCGUCUGCUUCGCCUUUGGUUAGUCAUUCCUUAGCUUUGUAUCUUGUUUCUAUUCUUGGAAUUUUGGCAUCGUUAUCGUAA